GAGAGUAGAGUCGGCCGGGUAGCAGGAAACACAGAACACGUUUUGCCUGGCCUGAAGAAUUGUCCGGGACGGCUGGGAUUGUCAGUCAGGAAGGGGACGCGCCGUCUACAACAUGUCGGCUUCGUGGGUCUUCUUGUUCGGUUUGCUCCUUGGAGUUUCAGUGCAAGUGGUGCACGGAAACUUUUUUGAUGGACUAAAAGAAGGAUUAAGUAAUUUUGGCGAUGGUGCAAAGGAGUGGGGGGAGGGAGUUGGCGAUAGCUUCAGGAAUUUUGGAAAAGGAGCGUGGGAUAAAAUAAAUCAAUGGAAGGAUUCGGCUAUGGAUAAAUUCUUGAGUUCCGACUCGAUACCUGAGAGAGUAAAAGGGUGGAUAAGAGGUGGUGAUUAUUCGGAUGCCAAAGUAGACGAACUCGUGGGAAAGAUUCUACCUGAGGCCUGGAACGCAAGGAAAUUAGAAGGCGAGUGCAAGCUGGGGCUGGGAGGGGCUGAUGAUGAGGGGAACCAGAAGCUCUGGCUGUUUCGUCUGGGCGAGAAUGGGGGCGAGCUGGUCAGCACGGAUGCACGGGGCGAUGGACGCAACUUUACGAAGUUCUCCGGUACCCGGGAGGAGGUGGCUAGGGCCAUUAAAAAAGUGGCUUCUGAAGGGCAGGACGAAAUCAUCGUGCCGGGCAAUGAUCUCACCGGGGAACAGCCGGUGAUGUGGAAAGUUAAAGAUGACAAGAUCUUCCGGGGAGAAGUUGUCGCCUCCUGCAACGUCGAAACGAGGAGUAAGAUUAAAGAUCGCACCAGACAGGUUCAAAAUGGCGGGACCUCAACCAUCGGAGGAAAGGAUGUAGCUUGGCCUGCUGAAACGACCCCUGCUCCGGAGAACAGGGCGACCAAGGUGACCGAAAGCAGCCGACCCCAGGACGAUGAAGGCUCUGAGGUCUUCAGCGGUAAAUAUUCGCCUGACCCCCGGGAGGUGUAGGCCUCAGCUCCCGGGAAGAGCUUAAAGGGCUCCGGUCCCCCUGGGCCCCGAUGAAACCCUGGGCCCGGGCACCGACCCCAUUGCAUGAAAGGGAGAAAGCGUGGAAUCAAGACAUGGCCUUGUAGUGUGCCAUUGCAUGCUUAGUUAAAAGCAUUUGCUUCUUCGUAUCAUUUAAUGCUGUAUUUAUUGUAUUUCAAUAGCGACACAUGGAUUUUCUUAAUCAUAUACAUUUCGUAAUUAUAAGUUCAAUUGAUCACACAUGCACACACAGAUACACACACAUGCACACACACACACACACACACAAACACAAACACAAA